AUGAAGGAUAAAGAUGACAAAGACAUGAGACUAAUUCAACCACUCUACCAAGAUCAACUUGCAUCUCUCCUCAUAUGCAAUGAAGUUAUCCUGCGGGGGAUUGAAGAUCGUCAAGAGGGAAUCGCUCUCAGUGGAUCCCGUGGCGUGGCCGCGGAUUAUGUUGGAGGAUUCACAUCAAAAACUUUCUCAACUCAAGAGGAACUGCUAAUUCCAUCCAGUGGCCGCCCAGCUGACAGAGACUUCACGGGCGAAUUUGCCUUAAGUAUUGAAGAUGAGAACGCCAUCUUUCCCGAAAAUAAUAAUACGCUCGUAGUCGCUCAAGUCGGAGGCCAAGCGACUUUUAGUUGUUAUACGAAUCAUAUUUCUAACGAAAUGGUGACGUGGCUAAAACGAGAUGACGAUCAGCUGUUAACCGUUGGGCAAGUUGUUUACGCCGCCGAGACACGCUACUCGGCCGCCCCUUCGAGACAUACUAAUGCUUGGGAAUUAUGGGUAAAGGAUGUCCAACCUUCGGACGCGGGGCAGUACGAGUGCCAGCUGACCACCUACCCUCCUGUGACCUUCUUCUUCACUCUGAAGGUCCUACAAGCAGAGGCAGUCAUCGGCGGCCCGAAAGAAGUGCACAUCGAAGAAGGGUCUAAGUUGGCCCUUGAGUGCCACGUCCGGAAUGCAGUGUCACCCCCUGUGUACAUUUUCUGGUACCAUAAUGCCACUAUGGUGAAUUAUGGACGCCAGCAUACUUUACAGGUCAAUCACAAGAAUUAUACGAGCAGUUUGGUGGUCGGGAAAGUGAGGUUGUCAGAUGCUGGAACGUAUUCCUGUGAACCGCAUUUGGCAACACCGGCGAAUGUUUCCGUCCAUGUUGUUAAAGGCAACAACCCAGCUGCAAUGCAACAUGGACACGUAAAUUCGGCAAAUUCACACAGGCUGACCAUCCCUUGGCCAACCUUCGCUAUCUUGGUGCUUCUUUUUCACCGACGUGAAGAAAAACGAACUGUAGGCCUAUAAUCUUAGAGGAUGUGUGUUUAUGGGUGUUAUCUUUGUCUUCUUCCUUUUUUUCUUAAGAAGUACCGACAUGCCAAGUUUGUUUUUUAACUUUUGAUUCUGAGAAAUGUAUAUACCGGGUAUGUACAGUUGCCUCCCCUUCCAUACUAACUAUUGAGCUUUGCCCAGAGUGUCAGCUGCCAGUUUCAACUCUUGUAUUCGAAACACAU